ACGACCAGGCGCAGCGGCGAUACCGCCUCCUGUAGGCGCAAUCUGACGAGAAAACAGCGGACAGUUUUUUUAUUCUGCGGGUUUACUGCGCUAAGGUCCGCUUUCUGUCUCCAGUGCUGCAUGUGAAGCCGGUAUCUGGGCUCCUCUAGCAUGCUCCCCGAGGAGCUGGAACACAUGUGAGACCAUCUGAAGCGGACCAAGCGACAUGCAUCCCCGGAGCGCUGAACCUGUUCCGUCGCGCACACAAAGCCUGUGAAGCAGGCCGUGUUUUCUCCUCCAGAGACUGCGCGCUGAUGAUGCUCAAACAUGUCGGGGAAUCAUUACAAAGGCAACGAAGUCAGCUGCUGCAUCAAAUACUUCAUUUUUGGAUUCAACAUCCUGUUUUGGCUGCUGGGCAUGGCCUUAGUUGGAAUUGGACUCUGGGCAUGGAGUGAGAAGGGGGUUCUGUCCAACAUCUCGUCCAUCACAGACCUGGGGGGUCUGGACCCAGUCUGGCUUUUCAUGGUGGUUGGGGGGGUCAUGUUCAUUCUGGGCUUCGCAGGAUGCAUUGGAGCCCUGCGGGAGAACACCUUCCUCCUCAAGUUUUUCUCUGUGUUCCUGGGAAUUAUCUUUUUCUUGGAGCUGACAACAGGAGUCCUUGCGUUUGUCUUUAAGGACUGGAUUAAAGACCAGCUGAACCUUUUUAUCAACAACAAUAUCCGGGCGUACCGAGAUGACAUCGAUCUCCAGAACCUCAUCGAUUUCACUCAGGAAUACUGGGAAUGCUGCGGGGCGUUCGGAGCAGACGACUGGAACCUCAACAUCUAUUUUAACUGUACUGACGGGAAUCCCAGUCGGGAAAAGUGUGGAGUUCCCUUUUCCUGUUGCACAAAGGACCCAGCGGAGGAUGUAAUAAACACUCAAUGUGGAUACGACAUACGAGCUAAACCGGACUCGGAGCAGAAGGACUCCAUCAAUGUGAAAGGCUGCGUGCCUCAGUUUGAGAAGUGGCUCCAGGACAACCUGACCUUGGUGGCUGGGAUCUUCAUUGGAGUUGCAUUGCUGCAGAUUUUUGGGAUUUGUUUGGCCCAAAACUUAGUAAGCGACAUCGAAGCCGUGCGGGCAAGCUGUUUCUUUACCUGAUGCUGAAGCAGCACUUGAAUAACAGCUCCAGGUCUUUGAACGCAUCUCCUCGAACACAUCAUCAGGGGAGCAUUCAGAUGACCUCACCAAUCACCUGCACCAUUUUGUUCACUGAACCAGCACCUUAUUUUAAGGCACUGAUAUAUGAAAUGCUCUGUAUAUAACACUGUGUGACUUCUGUAAAAAGAGAAUUGUUUGAGAAAGUGGUAAAACAUGCACUACAUGCAGGUCGUCACGAUACUCCAGUUUUGAUAGGUAUGCGUAGAGAAGUAGGAGUUUUGAUAUAUCUUUUUGAUAAUAGAUCGGUAUUUUUCACUAUGGAAAUAAUGCUCCAUUGCUAAACAGAUGAUUUUGGACUGUAAAAAUAGUUGUGCAACAACAAAAAUAGGAUCUGGUUAUUUUAAGUUGCCGCUGUCUUGGACUGAGUCUCUGGUGGCCAAGGUCUUGAAAGUUCUUUAACUGUCCCUUUUUCUCUAAAUAACACUUUUAAGAUUUUUGUGCUUCAGCAGAUUCAAGGGCUUCUUCAGCUUUCAUGAAUUCCCAUUUACCCAAACACAGUAUUUAUUUCUGCUCACUGAAUAAUCUGCUUUUUUAUUUUACAAACCUGCACAGAAUUCUUGUUUGCUAAAUUUCAUUUCUUGUUCAGUGACAGUAGUAUGGACAUUUCUACAUACUAAGGGUGUUUCCACUACCGCCCAAUACCUGGAAUGAGGCGGGUCUCACUCGCCCAAACGCCCCUAAUUUGAAUAUAAGCCGCCCCGAGCAUCGUUUGACUGGACUUUUUUUGGCCCUGUUGAAGAGCAGGGCCGUUUUUCUCCACUGAAAAAAGCCUGGUUGCUGAUUGGAUAGAACGCUAAGCGGGAUGUGGCAUAGUAUUCAACGCCACAACAACAUGCACCAUUUGUAAAAGUUGGCGAGGCAGUGUUGCCAACUUAGCGACUUUGUUGCUAUAUUUAGCGUCUUUUCAGACCCCCUUAGCGACUAUUUUUCAAAAAAGCGACUGCCGACAAAUCAAGCGAUUUUUUCUGGUGUUAUUGGAGACUUUUGGACACUUGUUCUUACUCUUCUUAGCGAGCUGCGGGGUCGGCGGCUCCUUAAGAAGAGUAAGAACGAGUGGAAGCGGCACAGUCCUCCUGCAGCAGUCUCUCCCAGCUGCAGAGCCAGAGGGGAUGUUGACCCCUUAGCGUCCAGUCUCCAUAUUGCUAAUAGGCUAACAGUUAGCUCUGUAGCAGUACAGUGUGUAUGUGCUGCUGCUGCAGGAGGUGUUCACUUAGCGAUCUCUGUUUGUUUACAACAAGCACCAGACACUCUGUGCAUAGUUAGCGAUGCCGGUUAAUUCACGAUCACGAUGUUUAUGAUCAGCAGAGACGCUGUGCAUAAUUAGCCAUGCUGCUUUGUUUAUGGUCAGCUGCUGACGUUGUGCGCAGUUAGCAACGGCGGCCACAGUUGCGUCUCCGUGUCUAAUCCGUCGCGUAUAUGUGAUCACGGAUCACAGUCGAAACUGUCGAUAAGUGAUUAUGCAAUGAUCGAAAAAAACAGUCACCUUCGGAGUCUUGUAAAUCCCUCUGGGGGCCUUUUUGUAAUGGAGACACGCAGAGUGAGCGGACAUUUGAGAGGGCGUGGCCUGAGACUUUCCCGGCGGCCACUCUUCCCCCUAAAGGAAACAUGCUACUGUUGUGGAGGCAGACGAGCUAAACUGUCUCCAGAUACUAACUCAUCCAGUGUUAAAGAGGAAAUGACCACAGAUUACUAAAUCAUUUAGCAUAAUAGGUUACUGCUCAACUAAUGGACAAAGGGAUUAGAUUAGAUUUCACAUUAAGUUCUGGGUAUGAAACCACAAUACUUAUUGGUAUAGACUGAAAUGAAGUACCAAAACCAGGCACUGCAUUCCAGCUACUGUAAACAUACAAUUAUAAAGUUCUUGUGUGUUAACUUGUGUUAAUUUGAAAUGCAAACUUCUACUUUUUUUGUAAAUUAACAUUUUUUCGAGAUAACAUCAAUACAAUGCAAUGCUGCCUGUAUGACCAAACAGUUAUUGGUUGCUCUAAUUAUUCUUUCCCUCAAUACUGACCAUGGAAUAAUCCCUAAAUAGCACAAAAAUCCACAGUAAAAUGCUAUCCAGAGGUUGAAGCCCAUGUCAAUAUGAGCUUGUAAUAGUUGGAAUUUCAUGCAGGAACUACUUUCUUUUUAACAUAAUUCCUCCAUGAAAAUGCUCACAAGGUCUGUGGAUUAAUUUGAGGAAUUGCAUCAGGAUUUCCAUAAAGAGAUUGCUUGUGGUCCUCAUAGUGUUGAGAAUUUUUUUUUUUUUCAAACUUUUUUAUUGGGUUUUGCAGAUGAGUAUAAUUGUAUUAAAACAUACAUAAAGAGUAAAGUGGUCAUUUUGUCUUAUAGAAAAAACUAACAGAAAACAAAAGUGAUCAUUGAAGUAUUGCUGGAUACCCGAACAACUAGAAUUUUUUUAUUUUUAAACUCAGCAGCAAAGUGCCAUAUGGUCCCAUAGAAUUUAAGAGAAGGGAGACAUCUCUGUGGCUGAUGAAUCCAAUUGCACUACAUCUAAGACAAAAUGUGUAUUUUCAGCUGUCCUAUUAAUAUACAAAUGGUGUGGGGUUAUUGUGUUGGGUUUAAAAAAUCUGAACUGAUCCUUAAAUAUACAUUUUUUUUCCACAAUGUGAGGAAGUCAGAAACUUUUGUUUUGGCAUUUGUGCCAAAUCUCAAGUAUGAGAAUCAGCACUAGUUCUGGAAGCCCAGUCCCAUCACACAACAUCCUUCAUGAAGAAAUCAUUGUAAUUCCCCUCAAUUUAAAACAUUUAGAAAUAAUUUUGAUUUUCAAACAUGAUCCGUGCACUGCAAAAAAAGAAAAGUUGGGUAAACUCAAAAUUUCAAGGCAACAAACUUCGAUAAAAUUUUAAGUUGGACAAUUAAAGUAAAUAUUUCAAGUUUUGUUUUUGAGUUUGCUCAACUCUGAAUUCCAAUUUUUGUCAACUCAACUGUAAGUUGUACUAACUUAUAAUUUUACAUUGUAAUAACUUUUAAUCCUUACUUCUGCUAACUUCUGCAAUGUGCUGAAGUGGCACGAUUGUAACGCUGCUAUGAAAUGUCAGCUAAUGUUGCGACCACAAUUUUGAGUUAGCUUUGAUACGCUAAUGGCUACUCUUGUAGCUGUAACAAGCAGUGCCGCUAGUAUCAGUUAGCCGCUAGCAUCAGUUAGCUGCUAGCUUUCGCUAAUGACUGAAUUUCACCGCUUUCCCGCAUUUCACAACAAAGAAAUAAGAGUUAGCAGAACUAUUGUCCCUUGUUGUGAACCCCAACUUAAAGAUAUAAGUAACAACAACUCACCAACUUGUUUUUGAGCAGACAACUGGCUUCCUUUGUUGUGCUAACUUACAUUAUUGCCCUAAAUGUCAAUAAUUUAUAUUUCCAAGUUUUACCAACUUAAAUCACUGUUUUAGGCCAAAAAAUACAAGUUGGCUUUUUUGCAGUGUGUAUGACUAUGAAACCUAUGUAGUUGUGACCCCACUCUCAUUUCAUAUUUUGGUUAUAAGCAUUGCCAAGGUUACGUUUUAGGCUACUUACCAAGUUUUACAUGGUUUGAUGGUUAGACCAUGAGCCAGGGGCCACGUUGUCAUCAUCAUAUGAGGAUAUGAGAGCUUUUACUUGACCUUUUCAUAUUUAGAGAUGGCCAUUAUGGAACCUUACUUGAAUGAAAACAAACCUGGCAUGUGUAUUCAGUGAUUGUCUUUCAUGUGUAUUUUGACGAGUAUACACAUUAUUGAAUGAAGAAAGUAUCCAUUGUAGAAAGAGAAUUUCAAAAUGGAAAGUGUUAGGAUGUUUAUUUCUCUCAGUGAUUAUUUAAAUCUGUUGAAAGCAUGCAUCACUUGUUUUGUUCUGCAAAGUGUUUACAGUAUGUUUUCAGUAAAGUUUGUUCAAAUUAAUAUUGUGGAAUUCAUACACUGACAAUAUUGAAGUGUUAAGCUUCUUAAAAAAAGUAUCAAUAGUGUUUUUGAUACUAAAUAUUAUUGUACAUUUGAUUUGGUUUUCAUACUUUGAUGUACUAGACAUCAAAACUGCUAAUGCCGAUUUGUAAAAAGCUCUAAUUAAUUGUUCUAGAGUCCUGCUGCUGAGACCGGCUUCUAACUCAAAACUACCUGUACCAAUUCUA